GUGAUCCUGUCUGUUUGGUCUGUCUGCCAUUGUGUUUGUGUUGUUGUGUUUGUGGUUCCGCCUCGGCUCCGGUCCCUUCAAACACCUGUCUCCUUGAACGCCAAUUAGAACCGCGCCUCCUAGCCUAGCAGAAAAGGUUAGAUUUGCUUGCAUUUGUUUUGCUUAAAGAAAUAAGGACUUCUGCCUUUUCCUAAUUUACAAUGGUCAAUAACCCAGAAAGUAAACCCCAGUGUACGCAGCAGGACAUAAUUCAUACGAACAAGAAAAUGAAGAAAAUGCUGACUGCCAUACCUAGAGAAAUACUAAAUGAUUUACAAUACAAUUUAAUUGAUGUAAAAUUGCAUCAGAGGAAUGUGCUCAACAGAUCUGAUUUUAUACUCCUAAAUAGCUACUCUAAAAAUGAAGAGAAAGUAGAAAUGUUGAUGGAGCUCAUGCGGAAUAAAUCAGAAGAAGACCAUGAGAACUUCCUGGAGAUAAUGGAAGAGGACUAUGAUUGGAUUAGAGACAAAUGUGAAAUCUUCUUUCAAAAAAUUAGACUAGACGCUCUUCAGAAGAAAACUAAUUCUUGUCCUGUCAAUGCACUACCUGAAAACCCUGAAUCUGUAGAAGUGAAGAAGCAAACUGAAACAACUGAGGAAAGUGAUAGAUCGGUACACACGUCUAGUUCACCAGAUAGCUGUGCCCUACCCCCUAGGGCUGAAAAGGAAAACAUUCCUUCCGAUGUGAAGAAAACCGAAGAAACUGUCUCCGCCAACUGUGAAAUUAUCAACAAAAAAUUGGAUCAAACUAUAACAAAUGAAAUGAUGACAAAGGUGCGGCGCAAUCACCGUGUUGUUAAAAGAUGGUCAACUUUGGCACAUUCUCUUGGGAUGACACCUGUUGUUCAUAUUCUACGCCAGCGAAUGGUUACUAAUGGAGAAGAUGUAGACGCCUGUGUGCUUCACCUUCUGGAGGAAUGGAAAGGAGCCCAUCCAAAAAAAGCAACACUUGGAAGACUUGUCACAGUACUUCGGGAAGAUGGAUUCAAUGAUGUUGCAGAUGAGUUGGAGGGUACAUAUGCAGCCUAGACCAUCAUUAACAAGAAGGAAUUUCAAGCUAUUUCUUAAUCAAAUCAACCCAUUCCAGAAGGAGUCUUAUCCUCGCAGCACUGUUUUUGGUAUGUUGACAGUUGACAAAAAAAAAUCAUAAAAGACAUAAUACUUUAGUCAAUAUUGUUAAGAUCUUUGCAGGAUAAUUUUUAUUGGUAAUGUAGAGUGGUUAAUUUUGUGACUAUAAGUACAAUCUCUUGGGCUUAUUGUAUUUACAUAAAAGGCUUAACUUUAUUGGUAUUAUAGUGUUGUAUUUAUGUAUUUCACAUUUUGACAUUUUUGUAAGACUUCCUAGAAACUUGUCCAAGUGACAGUUUUGUAAUUUAGGGUCUUUACUGUUUAACCUACAUGUUUUUAUGUUUCUAAUCUAAAGGAAAACUUUCCUUGCAAUUUACUAUUGAUUCUCCACAAAUCUCUUCACAGUUAAAGUAUGAAAGUAUGCCAGAUCACUUGCCAAUGUCAUACUAUAGUUAUUUUACUUCAGAAACCAAGUGUCACAUUUAAAAAAAUAUACUUAAGCUAUUAUUAAGCUUUGACUGCAUUUAAAACAAAAAUACGGGGAGCUUUUAAAGACAUUUUUACGAGGUAUUUUUGAGUUAAUGUGGUGUGCAUCUAUAAGUACAAAAUGUGAUUAUGGUUUCAUUGUUAGAGACUGUGUUCCAGUGUUUUAUUAGUGAAUGAUGUGUGAUUUUCUCGCUAAAAUUUUUGUUUCCUUUACUCUGUGAUAAAUUUUAGAGGGGUGUUAAAGAAUUUCAUGUCCAGACUUGUUGUACAUUUUCAUUGCAAUUUGAUUGUUUAAAAAUGUUAUGAAGAUGAAUAACCAGUCUCUUCAUGUUCUAAAGUAGUGUAUUCAUGUUUUCCAUUUAUUACUUUACAAAAAUUAUGUUUGCAUGCAGUAUUCAAGAAUGACGUGUACAAAGGGUUCUUCAAAACUCUCAUUAACACCCAACUUGCUCUUUUUCCAAAAUUGGUAUCCAUUCUGUAAAAGAAAUUUGCAGUAAUAAGACCAUUUCUCUCUUUUUAAAAAUUGAGCUAUGAUCAAAACAUUAUCAUCUGGUACUGUAUUUACGUAUUUUUCAUCACAUGUUUUAAGUAUUUAUGCUCUCUGAUUAUAUUAUUGAUAUUCUAUGUUUAAUAAAUGCUUUUUUUGAAAGUCUUUUUCAUCAUAA